CGGGAAGAAAGCACUCGGCCAUCUUUCUCAUUUUAGCGGUCUGGCGUAGUGGUUAGGUUUGACAUAGCGCAAUGUCCUCGCGGUACUCGCGACCUCCGAACUCUUCGCUGUUUAUUAGAAAUGUGCCUGAUGGCACUAGACCGGACGACCUGCGCAGUUUAUUUGGUAAAUAUGGACCCUUAACCGAUGUCUAUAUACCAGUGGACUACUACACUCGUAGGCCUCGGGGUUUUGCAUACGUGCAGUUUGAAGAUCUCCGGGAUGCUGAAGAUGCCAUGUAUUCACUGGACCGCACCAGGUUCUAUGGGCGUGAGCUCGAAAUUGAGUUUGCCCAGGGAGACCGCAAAACCCCAUCUGAAAUGAGGGGAAGAGAGCGGACACGCAGGACUCGCUCUCCUCAUGGGCGUCACGAGGAUCGCGGCAGGAGGCGCUCGCGCAGUCGUUCUCCGUAUGCUCGAGACAGAAGCCCCAGGCGAAGCCGCAGGCACUCUUACAGCAGGUCUCGAUCUCGUUCAAGGUCACGGGACAGGAGGAGGCAGAGUUACUCACCCCGGAGAUCAAGGUCUUACAGCAGGUCCCGAUCUCGCUCCCAGUCAUCGCAUCUUGGCAGCAAGGGCAAAAGCCGGGACAGAUCACCUUACGAGAUCAUCGAUGAAAGCCGGGGAGAAAAGUCUCGAAGCAAAUCACCGGAGUGACGACUUAGCUGCCUUGUUCCAAUGAAUUCAGUUGUGCUGGACUGUUUUCAUUAUCCACCCUCUCAAAUUAUAGUGGAAAUACUUCCAUUUCUCUAUAGCACCUCAGAUUUCACUUGUGCUGGAAACAAACUGCAAUCUUGCUUCUGCUUUAGUCCUGUCCUUCAACCUUUGCUGUCGCAUCAUUUUUUGGUAGAAGUGCAGUUUCAGUACGAGAUUUUUUUUUUCCAACAUGUUAUGUACAAAAUUUCAUUGUCCUUGGCUUACAUUCUUAUGUCAGAACAGUAUGCACACCUGUGUAAAUAUGUUGUCCCUAUUAAAGUUCAUGACAAACAA